AUCCUCUCCACCAAUCAGGGCUCGGCGGGUUUCUGAGUGUUCUACAGGCAGAAGUAUCAGGAGUCCAUUACCAUGGCAACAUCUUCAUUUUCAAAGGGUUGCUUUGUUUUUAAGCCAAGCGCAAAGAAGAAAAAGACUUCCAUCACAUCAGCUGACUAUUUUAAUGAAAGUCUUAAGGAUUCUGAAGAUGGCAAGAAACGAUUUGAGAGUUUUCAGUUGCUAUGGGAACAGAUGAAAUCACAGACAGAGCAACUACAAGAUGAACUGAACAGAAAGAUCUUUGAUAACCUAAUAUGCUUUUUAAGAAAAUCCCACCCAGACUUCCAGGAAAAGAAGGAUGCUUGGAGCUCAAGGAUGCGAUCUAGUGAAAUCCCUACAGCUGCACUUGUUCUUGGAGUUAAUGUUACAGAUCAUGACCUUACUUUUAGCAGCCUGACUGAUGUUCUCAAUGAUACUGUCAGUCCAUUUGUAGUCCUGUUACAAGCACAGGAAUGUCCAGGGAUAAAGCAGCUGCUACAGAAACUCCUCUCGCAACUAAUGGGAUGUAGCGCGGAUCUUGAUCUUGAUCUUGAUGAUGAUGAGGAACAUGUGACCAUAUCUCAGAGGAAAAUGAACUGUUCUAUGGCCUCUCUUACUGGCUGGUAUCAAAAUAUUACAAAGAAGCUUGGCACACCAAAGAAAAAGCGCUCCUCGUCCUCUGAGCAUUGGCAGUCACCACCAGUCAUUGUGAUCUUCAAGGACCUGGAAAGUUUUCCAGCAAGUGUGCUGCAACAAUUUAUAGUCAUCAGCAGUCGGUAUAUUCACGACCUGCCGCUUGUUUUCCUAUUUGGUAUUGCCACUUCUCCAGUGGUCAUUCAUCGUCUUCUUCCACACUCUGUCUCAUCACUUCUCUGCAUAGAACUUUUCCAGUCACUGUCCUGUACCGAGCAUCUCUCUACUGUUGUGAAUAAGCUUCUCCUUUCAAACUAUUUCCCCUUCAAACUCAGUGGCAAAGUCUUGCAGGUUCUCACCACAAUCUUUUUAUAUCACGAUUUCUCUGUUCAGAAUUUCAUAAAAGGGCUCCAGCUGUCCGUGAUAGAACACUUUUACUCCCAGCCGCUCAGUGUGCUAUGCUGCAGUCUUUUUGAAGCUAUUAAAUAUGUGAACAACUUAUCACAUACACAAUGCGAAAACGUUCGACAUUUGCCUUCUUUUAUGAGCUAUGUUGAAACCCAAACACCAGAUGUGCAAGUAAAACUUUUGACUAGUGACAGCUAUUUAAAGGCUCAAACAGGCAAGUUUAUUGAAAAUUUACAUUCCUAUCAUGAGACUUUCACCCCAGUACUGAGAUGUCUUCAUAAUUUCACAAGUAUACUUCCCAAGUAUCCCAUGGGAAAACAGAUAAGAGAGCUGUAUUGUGCUUGUCUAGAAAGGAACAUUUGGGAAAGUGACGACUAUGAGGAAUCGUUGGCCCUGCUUCGGAUGUUAGCUAAAGGUGAACUUGUAACCACAACUGAGAAAUGUUUGAAUGUUUUAAAACAAUUUCCUGGAAAACAGCUUUGUGGUGAAUUAAAAAAGCUGGAAACAUUCCUGGAUUUAUUCCAGAAUCUUGAAGGGGAACAAAUAGACAUCAUUGAGAAGGAAGUAAUUUCACCCCAGAAAACCCUCCAGAAAAAAACAGACCUUUACCAGCUUCAAAAGACAUUGUUAGAAAUGAAAGAAACGAGAAGAUCAAAGAAACCAAGCAAGUUUGAAUCUCUCCGUCUUCAGGUUGUGAACUUCAUAGACAAUCUUGUAAGAAAAUAUUUGGCUCCCCCAGAAUCCAAGCCUCUAUAUGAAGCAGUAUAUUUUAGUGGUGCAAGUGCUAUCCGCAGGCAUCUGAAUGCUGUUCCUAGAACCACACUGCACACAGCACUCAACAACCCUGCAGCAUACCUUAAGUCCUUAGAAAGUGACAGUGGGUCGCUUUACGGCACCUCUCCUGAUAUCUGCAUUGCCUACAAAUUACACCUGGAGUGCGGGAGAUUGAUUAACCUCUAUGAUUGGCUAGAGGCAUUUGCAACAGUAAUUGGAGCAACUGAAGCGAGUGACUUGGAGCCCUCAAAGCAAGUUGAUGAGAUUACUCAUGCCCGUUUUAUAAGAGCCGUUUCAGAGUUGGAGUUAUUAGGAUUUGUGAAGCCCACCAAGCAGAAAACUGAUCAUGUGGCACGACUGACAUGGGGUGGCUGCUGAAUUAAACUGGAAAAUCAAACCCUAGCAAUGUCACAAGAAUAAUAGACUUUAGCAUUGUAAUUAUAAUGUUUUACUUUUAUAUUAGGAUAAAAAUAUCUU